CUAAAAUCCACUCCCUCGUAAAACGGAUCGGUCCUGAUUCCAGAGAGUACAGAAAAUAACACUUCUCUACUAUUUGGUCAGAUCCUGGUCACAACUCUCCCCCUUGCCACACCUCUGUGAUCUGCUACUCAUGGAAUCUGCUACAUCUCAGUGAUCAUCAUUCUGGCACCUCUGCAAACAGCGCCUGGAGCAGAACUGUGGAGCGAGGAGUUGGUUGGAUCUCUGCUUUUCUUUGGAUUUGAGUUUGACACAGGAUGGCUGCAGGAUCUCCCUUUAAAGUACUACUUGGUGUCAUUUCACUAAAUUUGGUCUAUGCUUACAAUAUAGAUCUGGAUCACCCUAUUUCCUAUCAGGGUCCUAAUGGCUCGUUUUUUGGAUAUUCUGUUCUGGAGCAUUAUCAUGAUGAUACAAGAUGGAUUCUGGUGGGUGCUCCAAAAGCAGACUCUAAAUUUAGCUCAUCCAUAAAGACACCUGGAGCGAUAUUUAAAUGCAGAGUCCACAGCAAUCCUGACAAGAAAUGUACUGAGCUGGACAUGGGAAGAGGAAACAGUCCCGGUGCUCCCUGUGGAAAGACAUGUAAGGAGAACAGGGAUGAUGAGUGGAUGGGGGUUAGCCUGGCAAGACAGACUAAAGUUGAUGGCAGUGUCCUGGCAUGUGCUCAUCGAUGGAAGAAUAUCUACUAUGAAAGCGAGCUUAUACUACCAUAUGGGUUCUGUGUCAUCCUUCCACCAAACCUUCAGGCCAAUGGGAGGAAGCUAAUGCCUUGUUAUGAGGAAUAUAAGAAGAAAUAUGGUGAGGAACAUGGCUCUUGCCAAGCUGGGAUUGCAGGAUCGUUUAUGGAGGAGCUGGUUGUAAUGGGAGCACCGGGAUCAUAUUACUGGACUGGAACAGUUAAAGUAUUGAACCUUACUGACAACACAUACUUCAAACUGAAUGAUCAAGCUGUCAUUGCUAGACGCUAUACUUAUCUAGGAUAUGCGGUCACUGCUGGUCACUUUUCACAACCCAACACCAUGGACGUAGUAGGUGGAGCUCCACAAGAUAGUGGCAUCGGAAAGGUGUAUAUCUUUAGAACAGAUAAAAGAUCUGGAUCACUUAUUAGGAUUUUUCAGGCUUCAGGCAGAAAGAUGGGCUCUUACUUUGGCUCCUCCUUAUGUGCAGUUGAUCUGAACAAUGACGGCCUGUCAGACCUCCUGGUAGGGGCACCCAUGUUCUCAGAGGUGAGGGAUGAAGGACAAGUCACCGUUUACAUCAACAGGGGAAAUGGUGUAAUGGAUGAACAGAUUGUGCUGAACGGAGACAAUGCAUACAAUGCACACUUUGGCGAAAGCAUGGCCAACCUUGGCGAUAUUGAUGACGAUGGCUACUCAGAUGUUGCAAUUGGAGCCCCAAAAGAAGAUGAUUACGUGGGAGCGGUUUACAUAUAUCAUGGGGAUGCAGAUGGCAUUGUUCCUCAGUAUUCAAUGAGGCUGUCUGGAAGAAAAAUUAACCCGGCUUUGAGAAUGUUUGGACAGUCAAUUUCUGGAGGUGUUGAUAUGGACAAAAAUGGCUAUUCAGAUCUGACUAUCGGGGCUUUUAUGUCAGACAGUGUGGUGCUACUAAGAACGAGACCAGUUAUCACCAUGGAUGUCUCAAUACUUCUGCCAGCCUCCAUUAAUAUCACUGCACCACAGUGCCAUGAUGGAACACAGCAUGUGAACUGCAUCAAUGUUAGCGUCUGUUUCCGGUUUCAUGGCAAACACAUUCAUGGGAAUAUAGGUCUGUUGUACAACUUGACAGCUGAUAUUGUGAAAAGAGAAAAAGGUCAACAGCCCAGAGUGUUUUUGGUUUUAUCUGGGGAAACUGUGGCUCAUAUCAGUGAGAAGAUUGACCUCAUCCACAUGAAAGAGAAAUGUGACCGUUAUCUAGCACACGUGAAGCGCAGAGUGAACGAUGUGGUUUCGCCUAUUGUCUUUGAAGCGUCUUACAGCCUUGGUGAGCAUGUAAUUGGGAAAGACAACAGAGACCUGCCUAGCCUCAAACCUGUCCUUCGCUGGAAGAAGGGGCAGAAAAUAGCGCAGAGGAAUCAGACUUACUUUGAAAGAAAUUGCCGCUCUGAAGAUUGUCCUGCAGACUUGCAUCUAAAGGGAAAGCUGCUGCUAUCAAGCUUUGACGCCAAAACAGAGUAUCUGGCAUUGGGAGCUGUAAAGAACAUUUCACUUAACAUCUCUAUCUCCAACAGAGGUGAUGAUGCUUUUGACACAAAUGUGUUCUUCAACUUUUCAAAGGAGCUGUACUUCAUUAAAAUGUGGCAAGAGGAAGAACAAGGCAUUUCCUGUGAAUUACUGGAUGACUAUCUCAAGUGUAGUGUGAGCUUCCCAUUCAUGAGGUCCAAGUCUAAGUAUGAAUUCAGUGUGAUUUUUGAUACAAGCCACUUGUCCGGAGAUGAUGAUGUUCUCCAGUUCUUGGUCACUGCACAAAGCGGAAACAUUGAGCGGGCAGAGUCUUUGCAUGACAACACCCUCACUCUGGCUGUGCCUCUAAAGCAUGAAGUGGACUCAUCAGUAACAGGGACUGUGUCUCCUUCCUCCUUUGUCUACGGGGAUACAGUGGAUGCCUCCAACUUUAUUCAGCUCCAGGAUCAAGAAUGUCACUUCCAGCCUCUCAACUUCACAUUUCAGGUUUACAAUGCUGGACCGAGUACACUGCCUGGAUCAUCUAUCAAAAUGUUAUUCCCGAAUCACCUCUCUGCUUCUGGAGCUGAAAUGUUUCUCAUCCAGGACAUUAUGAUUGGUCAAGACAAAGCUCAGUGUACAUUCCAUAGGAAUCCAGCUCCAUGUGUGAUCCCACAGGAUAAGGAAAAUAUUUUUCACACAAUAUUUUCAUUCUUUAAAAAAUCAGGUCGAAAAGUAUUGGAUUGUAGCAGAUCAAAUUGUUUAGAGCUGGAAUGUAAUUUAACAUUAUUAGCGAAAGAAGAGACUCGAAACAUUGAUGUUUUUAUGCUACUAAAUACAGAAAUAUUGAAAAAGGACAGUUCGUCAGUAAUCCAAUUUGUAACCAGAGCCCACUUGACAGUAGAUUUAAAAUUAUGGGCAAUAGAAGUACCACAUGGGAAUUCCCACGAUGCAACAGCGGUCUUUGAAGCCUUGCACAAUCUAGAACCACGUGGUUAUGUGGUCGGGUGGAUCAUUGCCAUCAGCUUACUCGUUGGGAUGCUCAUAUUUUUGUUGCUGGCUGUGCUGCUAUGGAAGAUGGGAUUUUUCCGCAGGAGGUACAAAGAGAUCAUUGAAGCAGAAAAGAAUCGUAAAGAAUAUGAAGAAAGUUGGGACUGGGUCCAAAAAAAUCAAUGAGCUACAUGUGCCGGUCCAGUCACCUGACACACAUUCGCUAGCUAAUUGGCUCUGCUCUUGUAUCUUCCAUAUGUGGAAGAAAAAAAAUCUUCUCCAGAUUUUCCGGAGGCUUGUUGAUGUUUAUCCCUUUAUCAGGCUGACUAGCACAGGAGAGUGUGUCCUGAGGCAACCACUAAAGCUACGUGAAAUGACUGGAGCAAUACUAUUCCCUCUGCCAAGAAAAACUUUAGCCAUCAUGCUGCAGUGAAUAGCAUAUUUAUGAAUCCAUCAUACAGUAUGUGGUAAAACUUCAGGGAAAGCUGUUACCAAGAAGUAUUUCUUUUUAUAAAUAUAUAACUUUUAUACUGAAUUUGUCUUUAUAGUGGAUGAUUUAAUGUUAUAAAUAGCUGUACAGUUCUCUAUCGCACUGAUACUUGGCUACACCCACUGAUUUCCCUAAGCUGAGCACUCAGGAAAUUCUAGAGUAAAAAAAUGUAUCAGAUAUCAAUCGUGCAGGGUUGCACUAAACAGCAAGGAUUAGGUUCAACUUUUAACACUUUCAUUUCCAGAUUACUCAGUUCAACAGGAACAGUAAAUACAUCCUUGCAUAUUGUAUACAUGUAUAGAUUUCUAUGCAUAGAUUUCUAUACACAUACAUACACACACAUAUACAUGAAAAUUAUUAUUAGAACUACAAUUUAUUUCAAUAAAAGACAUAGCUUAUCGGUUAUCCUGAGAGUCAGCACCUUGGAUGCAUGUUGGUGUGUAAUACAUAUACCAGCACAGAAUUUGUAACCAGCCCAUUAUGUAGAAUGUUCCAGGAACCAGAAAUAUAAGAAAGAGAAUAACUGCUGGUGCUCAUACACAGACCUGCACACCAAGCGCCUCCUCCUACACCUCUCGCUGUCAGGUGCACUGCUAAUCUGCUGGUGCUCAUACAGAAACCUGCACACCAAGCGCCUCCUCCUACAUCUCUCACUGUCAGAUGCACUGCUAAUCUGCUGGUGCUCAUACACAGACCUGCACACCAAGCGCCACCUCCUACAUCUCUCACUGUCAG